GAUCACCUCUACGCCUUCAAAUUCCACACACUGCUCACCAACCAAAGAUCGAUCGAUAUAUCGAGAGUAUAUCGUAUGAUGGCUUCUGAUUCCAAAGCAGCUGCGACGAAGAGCUCUGGUUGUGGGGGAGGUGGAACCGGCGCGUCCGCCGGACUUCGGCUGCCGGAACAAGGCCUGAAAUGCCCGCGCUGUGACUCACCGAACACCAAAUUCUGCUACUAUAAUAACUACAGCCUCACUCAGCCUCGCCAUUUCUGCAAAAGCUGUCGCCGUUACUGGACUAAAGGCGGCGCCUUGCGCAACGUUCCGGUCGGCGGGGGUUGCCGUAAAAAUAGGAAAUCGAAGUCUUCUUCUUCCUCGGCUUCCUCAUCUUCCUCCUCUCUUCUCCCCCUAAACCCCGAGCCCGGCAAAGCACUCACGCAAACCGCGAUGGAUCUCUUCCUACCCUUCUCCUAUGGUGCUAACACAGCUGCCUCCAUGGCGGGCUUCAGUUACAAUGGUAGAAACAGCAAUUACGGCAGCAUAGCUUCUUCGAUCGAAUCACUGAGUUCCAUUAACCAAGACCUGCAUUGGAGGCUUCAGCAGCAGAGGAUGCAGUUUUUGUUUGGGGGAGAAUUAGCUCAGAAGGACAACAUUGUCUCUUUCAUGAACAGCCAAGUAGUGGAGCCCAACUGCUUUGGAAUGGCAGAGAACAACAAAGGUGAGAUUUUUGGUGACAGUUCUGGUGCUAAUGGGUCCCGGAAGGGUUCUGAAACAGGGACAGCUUGGUUUCUUGAUGGUUCUUUUGCCAUGCCAGCACCUUCUCCUAUCAACACUGACGUCGAUAUGAAUAACCCCAAUUCUGUAAGUGAUUGGAAUGGGAUUUCAGGUUGGAGUGAUGUGCAUAACUUCACUGCUCUUCCUUAGUUGAUUAAAUUUAUUUAAAGUUUUCAAUCAAGACUUUCAAGUGAGUUGAUACAUUUAUAAAUAUAUAAAUAUAUAUGUUGUUUUUAGUA